AUGAUUCCCCCGCCGAAAUCAAGCCUUCAUCCUAUUGACCCUCCAACAUCUGGCCUGCGCCUGACGCGAGAAGAAGAACGCCACAUUCAAUCGCAGCUACCUUCAAAUGGCAAGGGCAUUGCGUAUGCGUUCGCCAGUGUCUACCACGCACCUUUUUCCGGACGCGAAGACUCUUGGACGAGUACUGGCUUGAAGGGGAUGCUCGUCUUCGGUCGCAACAAACGGACGGACCGCCCACUGGCAAUCAGGCCUAGCGCUACCUUCCAGUUCCAGUCGCAGUACUGGUUCAGGCUCGUCGACAUGAAGUCGGACAAGGGCUUGAUCUGGAUACACGACAUUCCCGAUGACUUCCAGUAUCGCUUCGACAAGCCGUUCUUCCACACCUUCACUGGGAAGAGCAGAAUGUAUGGCCUGCGCUUUGACAAUGAUGUAGAUGCGGCGAACUUCUACAAGAAACUCUGUACGAGUCAGCUGAACAUCCCCGUGCACGCUCCUCGUAAGAUCCGAAAGUUGACGCCUUGCUCGCAGUCGCCCCAAGCGCCAACAAGCGCGGACCCUCCGCGCGUGAAGGCAUCGAUGAUCUCGUCUCCUACGCCCGGCAGCUUUGUCCAUGUAGGGCACGUCGGCUACAACGAGAAGGGCCGAAUCGAAACGUCGGAGAACCUCGGUCCUGGUUGGACAGUUAUGAUCGAGGAGCUGUUGGGGCGCGGUAUCGCGUACGAUGACCUCCGUGGUCACGGCAUUACGCAGAAGAUCCUUGAACAGAACAAAGACUUUGUGGAGGGGUUCCUGAAAGGCGCAGACGCACGUGGCAAGGUAACGGGGCAGGAGCAUGGUCCGGAGAGGAAGCGCAAGUCGCCCCACAGGAAGCCGGUCACCCUUGUAUGAACGAGUUCGUUCGAACCGCUCCUUCUAACUUAUUGAUGCUUUCGAUCUGAACUGCUGUAUCGCUACCGCUAUAUUUCGCAACCCAUAUGGACGACUUGGACUUCGUCAGCUGCCCUGCGGCGUAUGUAUUUGUAUGCUGUAUGACUACUUCUAUGUACUGUAUGCAUUUUGAGACUACUAUAGGCCCAGUGUAGUAUCCACCAAUAUUCCACAAUGUAUCGGCUAAUAUGUUUGG